AUGUCUCAAAUAUCAAAUUCAACAAGAGACGGUAAUUAUGCUAACAACACAACUUUCCCCAGACCAUUUCAAGCUCCAUCUAGAGCAUCGACAAGCAUCUCAUUUGCGUCUAUUACAACUUUGCCUGCUGAAGAUGAAGAGCGUGAUUAUUUUGAUGAAGAACUCUCCUUAAUUUUAAUCAAUAGUGAUUCUCAAGAAUGCAAUAAAAACUUUUCCAUCUUUAUCAAGUGCAUCGUUGACAAUUUGUACAAUAAUGAUGCUGACACUAAACCUACUUAUGAGAGCUUGUCACUAUAUGCGCUUAAACUUUUAACCCUGAAUUUAUUUGUCAAGAAUUUCAAAUUUUGCAUUGGGAAAAUAUUAGCAUUUUUGGAGACUUUCACUACAAUUACCAACUACAGAUUGGAGUUUACUGAUGACGGAAACAGCGAGAGUGAGUGGGAGGUUAAUGAUCAAGUGGCAUAUGAAUCUGAGUGCUUGAAGGAGUUUUUGUGUAUAACUUUGCUACUUUUACUCAAGCUAAAAAACACUUCCAAUGAUCAAGAUUUUGCUGACGAAUCAAGUGAUGUACUGAGCACAUCUUCAGCAACUUCAAAUUCAUUGGAUUUAGUCAACGGUGAUAUCUUAUUCAAGACGUUGGAACAAUGUCGCUUUAUAUUCAUCAUGUCACAAUUUAUAUCAACUCAGAUUAAAGCCGUCGCUAAGGAAGAAUCAUCGUUUGUCAUUUUAAAAUUCGGCUGUGAUAUCAUUUUUGAAUACUUUUAUUAUGUUGAGAUAUUGUCACCUACAGAGUUUAUGGAUUUGACAUUCAAUAAUAAUGAGGUGAUUGUCACCAUCAUUAAACAUUUAUUAUCGUCAGAGGGUUUCAACAAUUACGAUUUGGAAAGUGAUGACGAUUUCCACAACGAAGCCAAAUUGGUUGCCUAUGAAGAGCUAAAGCUCUUGCUACUCAUAAAUGAGCAGUUUUUAAUGAGUUCAUAUUCGCGAAAUGAACACUCAAACAAAGUUUUUGAGGAAUUGAUCCAUAAUGAUGAUAAUUCGAAAAGCAACGUUAACAAUAUUGUUGGAUUUAUCAAUUUGCUCAUAUAUCAUUUGAAUCGUGAAGAGUCACAAAUCAUUAUAUUGUUGAUUUUAAAAUUUUUAUAUCUCGUGUUCACCACUUCAUUCACAGCUAAAUUAAUUUAUCGAAAUGAUUUGAAAAUCUUGCUUGAUAUUUUUUUAAGAGAAUUGGAUAAUUUAGAGCACAAGGAUAAUAUUUUGAUUGUGACGUAUUUGAGAGUAUUGUUCCCCAUUCUCAUGUUUUCUGAACUAAAUGAAUGUGGCGGAUACAAGAGUCACGAACUUUACAAUGUAUUGAGUAACGUUGUUGUUAAUUCAGGUCAGAAACAAGACGAUGCCAAUGAAGGCAAGUUCAUUCUGGAUUUAGCAAUGAAGUGCAUGAAUGUCAAAUGGCUUAAAAAGUCAUUGUCGAACCACAAAACUAAGGUCAAUGAAGCACAACGGGAAAAGGAGUCUCCAGAGUUAUCAUCUCCCGAAGACUUAAAAACAGUUGAACGUGAAUCAUCAAGACUAUUUACUCGUAUUGCUUCGGUUCGAUCAUCGAGUAGAAGCGAUUAUCAUAAACAUACAACAGCACACAAUUUUUUGGAGAGACAAAAUAGUGAAAAAUCAAAAUCAAAACGAGAUCUAGAUCCAGGAGCUUUGGCUCAAGCAUCAUCAUCACCUUCGAUAUUCAUGGAGAAUAACAAUAAUGUAUUUCUCGCUGAUUUUUCAAAAAAGUUGACAUUGGGUGAGAAUGGUAAAUCUGCUCUAACUGGCUUAGAUUUGAAUGGUUUAUCCACCUCCGCCACAAUCAAAAACAAGAAUAACAACAACAACAACAACAACAACAACAACAACAACAAUGUUUCUGGUACUGGUUUCGAUUACCGUGACUCAAAUAUCUUAGAUUUACCUAAUGAAUACCUCACAUCAAAACCAUUACCCAAGAUCCCUAUACCGGAAAAACGACGUCGACAAUUGUAUCAAAAUGGAACUGCAUCAUCUUCAUCAAGCUCACUUGAGUCGAAUUCAUCAAUAAAGCAAAAGGCUUUGAAAAAGAAGGCCCCACCACCUCCUCCUCCUCCGCCAAGACGAAGGAGAUAA